UUUAAAAACAACAACUCAGGUGCCAAGCUGAUAUUAACAAGCCAUGGCCCGGGCCGCGGCAGAACAGCAAAGCAAGCAAGGAUGCUGUGGCUCCUGUGCCAGUUAUUUCACCUCUGCAAAAUUCCUACUGUACCUUGGACAUUCCCUGUCCACUUGGGGAGAUCGUAUGUGGCACUUUGCAGUGUCGGUCUUCCUGGUUGAGCUGUACGGAAACAGUCUGCUCUUGACUGCUGUUUAUGGGCUGGUUGUGGCAGGUUCAGUUCUUCUUCUGGGAGCCAUUAUUGGAGACUGGGUGGACAAGAACCCAAGGCUCAAAGUGGCCCAGACAUCCUUAAUUGUGCAGAAUGCAUCGGUCAUCCUGUGUGGCAUCCUUCUCAUGAUGGUCUUCCUGUUUAAGACUCAGCUUUUGGCUCUAUAUCAUGGGUGGCUUCUUACCCUUUGCUACAUCCUAGUCAUCACAAUAGCAAACAUUGCAAAUCUAGCCAGCACUGCCACAUCAAUUACCAUACAGAGAGACUGGGUCGUUGUUGUUGCGGGUGAAAACAGGAGCAAAUUAGCAGAUAUGAAUGCUACAAUACGAAGAAUUGACCAGCUGACCAAUAUCUUGGCCCCAAUGGCUGUUGGGCAGAUAAUGACCUUUGGAUCACCUGUGAUUGGCUGCGGAUUCAUUUCUGGGUGGAACUUGAUUUCCAUGUGUGCAGAAUAUAUGCUGCUGUGGAAAGUUUACCAGAAAACUCCUGCUUUGGCUCAUAAAUCCGGUUCAAAGGUUGAGGAGUCGGAACUGAAGCAGCUGAACAUGCAGAAAGAUGGCGAGUCGAAGCCCAAUGAAGGAGUCCAGUUAAUAGGCGAGAAAGAUGUGGCUGUCUUUGAGCCCAAGCUGGAGGAAGAAGUUGGCUGUGUUUCUCGGAUGGCCGAGCCUUUCAGUACGUUCCGGGAUGGAUGGGUUGCCUACUACAACCAGCCAGUAUUCCUUGCAGGAAUGGCGCUUGCGUUCCUUUACAUGACUGUCCUAGGCUUUGACUGCAUCACUACUGGCUAUGCAUAUACUCAGGGACUGAGUGGUUCCACUCUAAGCUUCUUAAUGGGGGGUUCUGCCAUAACUGGAAUCCUGGGUACUGUUGCCUUCACCUGGCUGCGUCGCAGGUGUGGCCUGGUUCGUACAGGUAUCAUCUCUGGAGUGGCCCAGCUGGCCUCCCUCGUCUUGUGUGUGAUUUCAGUGUUCAUGCCUGGAAGUCCUUUGGAUCUGACCGUUUCCCCGUUUGCUGACAUCAGUGCUAGAUUGUUUGAAAGUAACCCGUUGCCUACUAUGGCGCCUCAAGGCGAUCUCCUUGAAAUGCCCUUUACAACUGGAAUGCCUUCCUUGUUCAAUGAGUCAACUUCUGAUCCGGGUUUGGCUCCCAACCCUGUGCCUAUUGUCUCCGUAAGCCUUCUGUUUGCAGGAGUCAUUGCUGCGAGAAUUGGGCUGUGGUCUUUUGACCUGACCGUCACACAGUUGCUGCAAGAAAACGUGAUAGAAUCAGAAAGAGGUAUCAUAAAUGGCGUCCAAAACUCCAUGAAUUACCUUCUGGAUCUCCUGCACUUCAUCAUGGUCAUCCUAGCUCCUAACCCAGAAGCUUUCGGGUUGCUGGUGCUUAUUUCUGUUUCCUUCGUUGCGAUGGGCCAUCUCAUGUACUUCCGGUUUGCCCAUAAAACCCUGGGCAGGAAUGUCUUCCUCUGCUGUACCCCUGUGCCAAAAUCGGUGUCCGAUGACCCACCAGCUUGCGAUGCGUCAAGUGUCUAGAGAGAGUUUCACUUACCGCUGCCAGCGCUUCUUUUUCCAGUCCAUGUACAUAUAUAUAUGCUUUAUUAUGGGUCAGGAGUAGCUGGUACCUCUUAAAAGUGGCGCUGAACGCUCCACCUCAACGCUUCUCAAACUGUUUUGCCUUUGGGUACAUGAUCACGUGUGGCUUUUCCCCGGUUGGAAGUGGCAUAGCUUAUUUAUUUUAGGGGACAUCUCCUGAAUAGGUUUUUUUUUUUGUAAGAAUGAUAAUUAAAAAUAAAAAUAUAGAAGAUAAAUACGAUAAAUCAAAAGACAAAUUGAAUUAGAAUGAAUUUUGUUCUGAUUCCGCCUCCCCCCUCCAAAAAA